GAAAAAAGCAAUAGUUUGCCAUCCACUCAUUAAUAACAUAGGCAUAGAGGCAGUACCAAUUUGGGCAGUUCAAUCAGUUCGUUCUUUACAGUCCGUCGUGGCGUUUCUAAAGAAGAGCAACAACGAAGAAAUCACAUUAUGAAUUUUAGCAACGCUUUACUGCCUUCUACAGUGGUGGAAAUAAUCACAUUAUUUAAUAGCGUCUCUAUUUACACCACUAUCAGACUAUGCGCUUCAUUAAGUCGGAACCAUAUUAUGAGGGUCUUCCACCAUUUAAUGUGUCGGGUAGCCCCUUCAGCGUUGUUCCCAUACACAACUAUCCCGAGCUAAUGAAGAAGACAUGCGAGCUGAUUAACUCUGAAUGGCCGCGUAGUGAGACGGCUCGCAUGCGAUCGCUUGAAGCUUCCUGUGAUACACUUCCCUGCAGCUUAGUUUUAACUACGGACGGGAUGAAUCGUGUUAUAGCUCAUUGUAAGUUAAGCCAAAUACCGUCCAAAAAGAUGGCCUGCUUUAUUGAGUCGGUGGUGGUGGACAAAAGUUGUCGUGGACAAGGUUUUGGCAAAUUAAUUAUGAAAUUUGCGGAAGACUAUUGUCGCAUCGUAUUGGAUUUAAAAGCCAUUUACUUAUCAACCAUCGAUCAAGAUGGUUUCUAUGAACGUAUCGGUUAUGAGUACUGUGCGCCCAUAUCGAUGUAUGGGCCACGUCAUUGCGAACUGCCUAGUUUGGAGAAUGCCAAAAAGAAAUACAUGAAGAAAGUCUUAUAGAUAUCAAUGCCAGUAUUUUUGCGCCAAACCAAAGGAAUUGUGAACAUUAAUAAUUGGGAUAUUGGCGAAAUUACGAAGAGAAUGGAGAUCAUUUCAAGAGGAGGCAAUGUUUACACGCUUUACAGCUUUUAAAAAGUUAAAAAGAUAAUAAUACACAUACUAUAUAUACAUAUAUAUUUAGAAAUUACGCUAUAUCGAAGAAACGCACAAGCCUUUGACGAUAUUAACAAAUUCAAUUUGUUAUGCUUAAAGGAAAUGAACUACGGACUGUAAUAUAGAAAUAUUUAGUUGUUUAAAAUAAGAUAUGAAUAGGUGAAUGUUGCGCCAACUCGGUGAACUAUCAGCUGUCUCUUCGAUUUUUUCGCUAAUCUGCAGUUAAAACGCUUUGAUAUACUACAAAUGAUUCCAUUAAUAUACAUACUUACAUUUUUAUACUGAUAUUGAUUUCUUAAUAUUGCUUUUUGAUUGUAUUUCUUUUGAUAAAGGCUUCAGUUCAACUGCUUUGAUAUGCUAAUAAAAAAGAGCUUUCGUAAUGCUACAUUUCAAAAUUAUUUUUUCUGGCACUCGCUAAUUAUAUUUCUAAUUAAUUUAUUUAUUUUUUAUCAUUGUUAAUCUGUUGUAUAUCUUUUAGUUUCUUCAAUAAAUAUUUUUGUAAACAAACUCGCAGGAUUUACUGAUAAUUAAUUAAGCGCAGUCUUCUUGUAAACGUAUCAAAGCAAUUAUUAAAUAUAUUGAGAGCGAAUCAGCUAAUAAAUAUCACACGUUAAAAUCUUCCAACAAUACUUAAACAUAGUGUAUGUAGUUUAUAUAUACAGUACAUUCUUUUGUAGGCAUUGUUUAAGAAUGUAAUUGUUAACACGCUUUGUAGAUUUAGUAAAACAUAUUUAUAAUAAAAUAAACUGUAAAGUUAAAGAAACACAACGCCACAUACAUAUGUGUAUAUACAUGACAACACAAUGAGUUUAUAAAACACGAGUUGAUGAUAUUUGAUAACAAUAAAUAAAAUAGUAUUAAAUUAGAUAUAUUUAAAUAUAAA